UGUUAAACAGAGUUUGUUACAGUCCCUUUUGUCUACUUUUAAAUAAUCGGAAUUGGUGGAUGGUUUGCUCGCCACCCGAGCCUGAUUAGAACCUCACCUCUCCUCCCUCUCUGAUUGUGGACAAUAGGAGAUAUUGUAGUGUGCAGUAAUAUUUGACGUGUAUAUGAUAUUAUAGAUAACUCACAUGUGACUCGUAAUAAGACUAAGCAAUUAGCCUAUUAAAAUGUUUACAUAAAGAUAAUUCAAAUAUACACUCGAGCAUUAGGCAAUGAGUUGACGUUGACUAGCAAGAAUUGGUCUGACAAUUGUCUAUAUCAAAAGCAGAUAUUUAAUUAACAUUGUACAAUGAAUGGAUUCGCAUACAAGGCAAAAAGCUUAUGUUACAAGUAUUAAAAAGCAUUACAAAACAUACUUCUAGACAUAUACAGUACCUGUCAAAAGUUUGGACACACCUAAUCAUUCAAGGGUUUUUCUUUAUUUUAACUUUUUUCUACAUUGUAAAAUAAUAGUGAAGACAUCAAAACUAUGAAAUAACAUAUAUGGAAAUCAUGUAGCAACCAAAAAAGUGUUAAACAAAUCAAAAUAUAUUUGAGAUUCUUCAAAGUAGCCCCCUUUGCCUUGAUGACACCCUUUGCACACUCUGUUCACCCAGCUACCAUCUAGCAGACGGAGACCGUACAGAUGUAUCAAAGCCGGGGCCGAGAAACUGUUUUACUCACUUUAUAUGUACUGUAUUCUAGCCAUGGCUCAUCCUCAUGGAUUAUGUAUGUAUUGUAUUGCUAGAUGUUACUGCACUGUUGGAGCUAGAAACAUAAGUAUUUUUCUGCACCUGCAAUAACAUCUGGUAGAUUAAGAACAUUGGGACAGUAAUCAAAAGGUCACUGGUUCGAAUCCUCAAGCCUAAUGGGUGAAAAGUCUGUGGAUGUGCCCUUGAGCAAGGCACUUAACCCAAAUUGCUACUGUAAAUUUUUCUGAAAAAGAGCGUCUGCUAAACGAGCAAAAUGUAAAAUCGGCAAAUCUAUGUAGAAGACCAAUAAACUUUGAUUUAUUGCGUUUUUCUACCACAACCACUAAGCCAUUCAUUCCAUGUCCGAAAUCAGAUCAUUUCCUAAAUUCUUCAAAAGAAAUGAAAGCGUUUUAUGCCUCAUCUUUCUUUCAAGCACCAGUGCAAAGAUAGAAUUUUUUUUAAAUACAUUCUGACAUAUAGAAAUAUUUUUGGGGGUUUGAUGGUAACACUACAUUAAGGUUCAUCCUUUUAGCUACUGUAAUUAUCCAAUAAAACAUUUGAAAACAUAAUAGCAUUGCUAACAAAGUGUGUCUGUCUAUUCACAUAGUUGAUUAUAGUGGGAGGGGCAGGUUUGUAGCCUCCCUAUGAUCAGAGGUGAGAGGCAAGUUUAUGGUAAUUAAGGGUCCAAGACUCUUUUAUAGGGAAUCAGGAUCCUACCACAAGACUCUCUGGGUGUGUUGUUGGGUUUUUAAGACUAGGGUAAGGAACUGGGCAGAGAAAGGACACACAGCCACGCACAAUGAGGACUUUACUGGCGGUACUGGUGUUGGCUAUCUCAUCAGCAGCUUUAGAAGCAAAGCCUAAAACCAGUUUCACACGCUACCUCUCAUGGAACUCACAAAUGUAUCCAGUGUGGAAAGAUGGGGACUCCCGAUACAGAAACUGUUGGACUGGUGGCAAAGUUACAUUCGAUGUGAAAAACGAUGCACCCACCCUGACUGGCUCAAAGGCAACCUUUAACAUCAACCUUCGCCUUCCAUCAAACCAGACAGCACGUCCUGAUGGACAGGUGGUGUGGGUGCGUAACUGCACUGUCAAUGGAACACAGUACCGUCAGGGCCAGGCUGUGUACCCCGACCAGGUCUCUGGUCCUUCAGGAGAGUACAGUGGUGUCUUCCCUGAUGGCACCCCCUUCACUGGGACAGCAGACAGGAAACCCCACUACGUGUUUGUGUGGAAGACAUGGGGACGUUACUGGCAGGUGGCAGGCGGGCCCUCCUCUUCUCUCACCAUCGGCACAGACAAUGUGCCCCUAGGCUCUUACAACAUGGAGGUGGUCAUCUACCACUGCCGUGGCAAGGACAAGUUCAUUCCUCUGGGCUACGCCUCCACAACCUUCUCCAUCACAGAACAGAUCCCCUUCACGGUGUCGCUAACCCAAAUUAACGAUGUGAACCAGGCUGACCAGAGCUUCAUCCAGAACCGGGCCAUUGUCUUCAGCAUCAGCCUCCAUGACCCCAGCCAGUACCUCAGCACCUCAGACAUCACCUUUAACUGGAACUUUGGUGACAACAGCGGCACCCUCAUCUCCAGGGAGCGCCAGGUCACACACAUGUACCUCACCGCUGGCACCUACAGGCCUCAGGUGGUCCUGAUGGCAAGCAUCCCCAACGGCUGUGACACGCCUGCAGACCCCACCACUGCUAACCCCACUGUGUUGGCCGGAGCCCCUGCCAUGGUUGUGGUGGUCUCUACCCCAGAGGCAGCUCCAGCUGACAUCGCCCUGGAUCUACUCGCCUCUGACGUUGCCCCUGCUGAGGCUGCAGAUGCAGUUGCAGCCGAUGACACAGAUGCAGUCGAAGCCGAUGCCGCAGUCGAACCCGCAGACACAGCCAAUGCCGCAGCCGAACCCACUGCCUCAGAGGGAGUCGAGGUAGUUUCCUCAGUGGCCCCUGCGGCAGAGGAUGCCACCGUUGUCCCAGCAGUAGAAGAUCCAGCUGUUGUCCCGGCAACAGAGGACAAUGCCACUGUCCCUGCAGUAGAAGCCGAUGCCACAGCAGAAAACACGGCUGCUCCAGCCGUUGAGGACCCCGCCGCUGUCCUGGCUGUGGAGGCAGCCACAACUGCCCCCGUCGCUCCAGCAGCUGAAGAGGCAGCUGCUGAAACAUCAGUGGUAGAGGCUACGGUCGCAGAUGUGCCCGUCAUCGACGCUGCUGCUUCAGUAGCUCCAGUUGCAGAGGGAGAGGAGGCCAUAGUGGACCUGGUGGCCACAGUCCUCCCAGAGAUCCCAGUCGUAGCCUCUGUUGCUGCCACGGCGGAAGAGGCCUUGGUUGCCGAUACUGAAGUGGAGGUUGCGGCUGCUACAGAGGUGGCCCAGGCUGAGAUCGUGGCCCCUGCUGCUAACGUCAUUGUUCCUGCCGACACAGAGGCUGCCGCUGUGGUGGAGGUGGUGCCAGCUGAACCUGCUCUUGAGACCGAGGCAGCGCUAGAGGCAGAGGUCGUAGAGACUGUGAAUGAGGUUGCAGCUGACGUCACUGCCGCACCAGCAACAGUGACUGCUCCAGUGGAGCGUGAGGUAGCAGCAGAGGCUGAGAUAGAGGCAGACACAGAGACACAGGUGGUUCUUGUUGUGGCUAAAAGGCAGGUUCCGGAACUUCCAGCAACUGAAAACUGUAUGAUCUACCGCUACGGCUCCUUCUCGACCUCAGUGGAUGUCGUCCAGGGUAUUGAGAGUGUGGAGAUCACCCAGGUGACCAACGUGGUGUCUCUGGCCACUGAGGUGGUGCAGAAUGCUGUGGACCUGACCAUCACCUGCCAGGGGAGCCUGCCCAAUGAAGUGUGCACCAUUAUCUCGGACGCAGACUGCAUCACACCUGUGGAGACCGUUUGUAACAACGUGACCCCCUCCCCAGAUUGUCAGAUGAUACUUCGCCAGUUUUUCAACGAAUCUGGAGUGUUCUGCAUCAAUGUGUCCCUGACAAAUGAUGUUAGUCUGGCUGUCGCCAGUGCUAAAGUCAGUGUGACAGUGGGUUCCAACUCCUCCACAGCAGGCACUGUGGCUGCGGUUCUGGGUGUCAUGGUCCUUGUCUGUGUUGUUGGUGCCAUUGCUUUGACCUACAAGGGGUUUAAGCAGUAUCACCCACUGAGGGAGGACUCCACAGGUGGCAUCAUGGGCAGCUCUGGAAUCACGUCUGUGCCUAUGCUGCUGUGGAAUCUUCUGAGCCGACAGACACCAGGAGAAAGAAGCCCACUGCUUCAGGGAAGCGUGGUGUGAACACUCAGAACCAUCUGCACUGAUACAGCACACACCCAUGCAUGUAAAUAUCACUCAGACACAAACAUCCACUCAGCAUGCAUGUGUACCCAUAAAGACACAUACUGUACACUUGCAGACUCAGACACACACAGUCACCCUAAUGCGGAGGCAAACUGCAACAAGAACAAUCAAUAUAAAGCAGUUGUAUUCUGUAUUGUUACACUGAAAGCAAAUUUAAUGAAAACGAUCAUGUUUUGCUAAUGUUUUUCAACAUAGAACAAAAAAGAAACGCCCAAAAGGCAAAAUUAA